AUGUCUUACUUAGACUCUAAUGUUCUAGACAGAAAGUCAACAUCGAGUCCUCCUGCAGAUAAAACUCUUCGUAUAGACAAGGAUGUAUCUUAAGAAGAUUAUGUACAUCUCUUGAAUAGAUUAACCAAAUUACAUAUACUCAAUUUAGCAUUCUUUAAAAUGAAAAAGAUGCUCCAAGUUUUUAAUUCCUUAGUAGUUUUUAAAACAGCACUUAUAUUGUGA